AUUUUACACUCGCCAUACUAUAAACCAAUGAAUAAGUAAAGGAGGACGCACCAUUGACCUUUCCGUCACUUUCAGGCCAUGGCGAGCGGCGAAGUCGUCGGGGCGAUCGUCUGCAAGUUAGAUGUGCACAAGAAAGUCACCGUUAGAGGGUAUAUUGCCAUGUUAGCGGUUGAUCAUAGGUUUCGCAAGAGAAAAAUUGGCUCAAAUCUUGUCCAGAGAGCAAUAAGAGCAAUGGCGUGUGAUGACGCGGAUGAAGUUGUUCUUGAGACUGAAAUAACGAAUAAACCCGCCCUCAGGUUAUAUGAGAACCUUGGCUUUGUGAGAGACAAACGGCUCUUCCG